AUGACAAUUGUGGGGUUGCACGACAAGAUUCGCAUUUCUUUCUUCGUCAACAGCAAAAUGGCACAACAGCAAUCAGUGGCGAUACUAGGUGGAGGUAUAUCUGGCCUAUCAGCAGCUUACUAUCUCUCAAAAUCAUCACCCAAAACCAAGAUUUUGCUUAUAGAGGGAUCCAAACGAGUUGGAGGCUGGAUAAAAAGUCAAAGAGUGUUACCCGGAUUUCACGCCUCUCUUCCUUUCCUUACAAAACCAACCGAUGACAAUGUAUUAUUUGAAGUUGGGCCUAGAAGCUUAAGACCUGUGGGUGCUGGUGGAGCUGCUAUACUUGGCAUGGCCAACGACUUACAAUUGCAUAACGACAUGCUAUUUGUAAGUAAAUCGGAUCCUUCAGCAAAGAAUCGAUACAUUUACUACAAUGAUCAAGUCAAUACAUUGCCCAACUCAUUGUCGUCGCUAUUACUCAAACAACCGCCCGUCUUUAAGAGUGUAAUCAAAUCCAUUCUAUCCGAGCCGUUUGUCCAGCCUGGAUCUGGUCAAGAUGAGUCGUUGUAUUCCUUUAUUGCACGUCGAUUCAACGAUCACAUUGCACUGAAUUUAGUAGGUGCAAUCACACAUGGUAUCUAUGCAGGUGAUGCAAAGCAACUCUCGGUGAAAUCCACUAUGCGCAUGCUGUACGAUGCAGAGCAAGCCAAUGGGAGUGUUGUCAAGAGCAUGCUGUCAUCCAAACCAUCCGCUCCAAUCCCCCCAGCAGAGCAAGCUAUCUUGAAUGAGUUAGCAGACCCCAACAUGGCUAAAACUACUAGCGUAUUUGGGUUCAAGAACGGAACAGAGACUCUAACAACGCAACUCAAGCAAUGGCUUCAACAGCAACCCAAUGUCACCCUGAUCACUGAUAAACAGGUCAAGAAGAUGGAUAAAACGGCUGAUGGUAACCGCAUGAAAAUCUAUUCCGAAGAAGCCUCGGUUACUGUGGAUCAUGUCAUUUCUACUAUACCCUCACGAAAGCUGGAUCCUUUAUUAACCAAGCACAACGCACUCGUCCAUCUCAGCGCAAACCCAUCUGUCAAUGUGGCGGUCGUCAAUUUUGCUUUCGAAAAAGAGGACGCAGAUCUGAAGUAUAAUGGAUUUGGAUUCCUGACGCCACAUCCCGAUUCAGCAUAUCAGUUACCUGUGCCUGGUAUUUUGGGCGUUGUGUUUGAUUCCAAUGCCAUGCACGGCCAAGAAAACGAACGAAAUAGUAAGUUGGUCAAGAUGACAGUAAUGAUGGGUGGACACAUGUGGAACUCGACUUUUGGUGGUGUUCAACCAAGUCAAGUGGAUCCAGCAAGUGCAUUGGAGACAGCCAGCAAAGCAUUGAGCGCGUAUUUAGGCAUUCAGCAAAAGCCGAAAUUCAGCAUGGCGAACGUGCUGCAAGAGUGCAUCCCUCAAUACAUUGUAGGACAUGAAUCCAGGCUAGGCGAAUUACAUCAAGACAUCAAGCAGAAAUACAGCCACUUAUUGAGUGUGACAGGCGCAAGUUACUUGGGCGUCAGUGUACCAGAUUGUGUCAAGAACAGUAGACUGUUAGUCAAUGAUUUAUUAGAUAAAGGUGCACUAGGCACAAGAGAAAAUAUCAUUACUGGUUUAAACAAGGUUGUUUUAUAA